UCUCCUCAACAAAUUAUCAAUCAAAUGGCAGCGACGGCGUAUGCGGCGGCCACUGCUGUGUUGACUCCACGUGUCUGCAUCACCUCCACUGUCAAAUCCCCUUGCUGCUCUGCUCUUCCUUAUCUUCCUCCUCGUUUGUCUGUCUCAUCUUUCUCUUCUUCCAUUAAACAAGUUUCAGAGUCCCGAAGGUUUUCUUCACUCCAGACCAGAGCUUCUUCAGAAGAGAGUCCUGUUGAUGCUAGUGAACUUUUUACAGACUUGAAGGAAAAGUGGGAUGCAGUUGAAAACAAGUCCACAGUAAUUCUUUAUGGAGGCGGGGCAAUUGUUGCCGUUUGGCUAUCCUCAACGAUUGUUGGUGCCAUCAAUUCAAUCCCAUUGCUUCCUAAGAUCAUGGAGCUAGUUGGGCUUGGUUAUACUGGAUGGUUUGUAUACAGAUACCUUCUCUUCAAGUCUAGCAGAAAAGAACUGGCCACGGAUAUUGAAGCAUUGAAGAAGAAGAUUGCUGGAACUGAAUAGAUAUCACAUAUGAUCUGGUAGCAAUUUAUAUUUGUUUCCGAUCAUAGUUUAUUUUGGCCCUGCAUAAGAGGCAUUUGUAUCCUGUAAUGUAGAGUAGGCUCUGAAUGGAUAUCUUUCAUGGUUGUAUGUCUCAAUUUGUUCAUGGAAUAAAAUGUGACAAUUGGAUGUGUA